GUCGCCUUACAUCACCUGAAACCAGAGAGAAAGUCAGGCACGGUGUUAGUUGGUAAUAUUGAACAUGAUGUGCAUGUUGUGCUCAACAUCACCCUAGCUCAGCUCCAGUCCGAGGUAAUCAACCAGCUCGAACGAUUAUGGGCAGAGUGGUCGCACAGCCACACUCUCUCCCUCUAUAGCCUGGAAAUGCACAAAUCACCAAAGUUGAUUCUUUAUGACCUGAGACAACCGUCCAUUGGCGCUAAUGAACCAGUCCUACAAGAAUUCUUCGUGCAUGCAAUGCCCAAGGACCCCACACUUAAAUUUUUUGCAAAUGCCCAUGUUGCCAUCCUUCUUGUAAUGACAAAUGUGCAGUUUGAGGAUGUGUUGCUCUGGCAAGAGCAAUGU